GGCCGUCCCACCUUUGGGGUUUGCAAGUGGGCGGUGGGCUUUGCCAGACAGUUUUCCCACACAACCUGAAUUUUAUUGCCAGACCAACAACUCGACGACCAUCACAACCACCGCGCCCUGACCUUUUGCACAAUUGUCCACCGUCGAGACAAGACCGUGCAAAGAUGGCUGUCGGAAAGAACAAGAGAUUGUCCAAGGGCAAGAAGGGCCUCAAGAAGAAGACCGUCGACCCCUUCUCCCGCAAGGACUGGUACGGUAUCAAGGCUCCUGCGCCUUUCAACAUCCGAGAUGUUGGCAAGACCCUGGUCAACAGAACGACGGGUCUGAAGAACGCAAACGAUGCCCUGAAGGGCCGCAUCUUCGAGGUAUCGCUGGCGGAUCUGCAGAAGGAUGAGGACCAUGCUUUCCGUAAGAUCAAGCUGCGGGUUGACGAGGUCCAGGGCAAGAACUGCCUGACCAACUUCCACGGCCUGGACUUCACCUCGGACAAGCUGAGGUCGCUGGUUCGCAAGUGGCAGUCCCUGAUCGAGGCCAACGUCACGGUCAAGACCACCGACGACUACCUGCUCCGCCUCUUCGCCAUCGCCUUCACCAAGCGCCGGCCUAACCAGAUCAAGAAGACCACCUACGCCGCCACGUCGCAGAUCCGUGCCAUCCGGAGGAAGAUGACCGAGAUCAUUCAGCGCGAGGCCUCUACCUGCACCCUGCAGCAGCUCACCAACAAGCUGAUCCCCGAGGUCAUUGGCCGCGAGAUUGAGAAGGCCACCCAGGGCAUCUACCCUCUCCAGAACGUUCACAUCAGGAAGGUCAAGCUGCUGAAGCAGCCCAAGUUCGACCUUGGUGGCCUGCUGGCGCUGCACGGCGAGUCGACCACGGAUGAGCAGGGCCUGAAGGUUGAGCGGGAGUUCAAGGAGCGUGUUCUUGAGGAUGUUUAAAGAGGUGGAUGGUGAAUGGUCCCUAGUUGGUAAAGGAAACGGCACGGACACGGUUUUAUUUUAUCAAGCAGGCACCUCUCUUCUUUUGAGGGUAAAAUGGGCAUUUGGGGGUCUUGCUUUUUGUCUCUUCGGGUUGCAUUUGGCGUGGCAAGAUCAUGGUACAUCCAGUCGUAGUACCCUUCUCCACAACCCCCGAUGUGUGUGCCAUCGUUGUCAUUCACGGCGUACCUAUGAAAUGGGAAAAGGGAUAUGAACUGAGCUGGACGGGUCUCGAGUGAGUGGGUGGGUGAGUGAGUGAGGACCCACGGGCCACAUGUCAACCUGGGCGGGUGUGGGCUUGUCGUAUGUCUGCCUAGGUUGUGUGCUCUCGCAAGCUGUUGGUGGCCUAUCCAUAGUUUCUAGCCUUUUCGGGCAAUCUGGAAGUCCUGCUACUUUAGCUGGCGUGGCCAUAACGCGGUGCCUACUGGAGACGGAGCAGUUCACCGAGGCAUAUCUACUGGACCAAGGCAGCAAGUCGUCUCACUAAUA